CUCUCCCGGGUCUCCUCUCCCGGUGUCCCCUCCGCGGACUGUGAUCUGGGCCGCUCGGUCCUGGCGGGGACGCGGCUCGCCCGGAGCGGGAGCGGCUCGGCGGGGCGGCCUGCAGGCGCGUUCCGGUCACAAAUGCGUGUGUGACGCGUACUGCUAAGAUGAAAUGGAGAAAUGGAAGCCACAGGUCCGUAUGCGUAUUCUCAGAUGUGAUGAGCUGGACUUGAUCAUGUUUUUAUGCCACUGACCUAUAAAAAAACCCCGGAAAGGGGAACAGACACCUGGGACCUGCAACCUCGAAACUCCUGGAAUGACCUGGGCCUUCAUGAGGAGAGAUUUUAUCCCAGCCCAUCCACAGCUCCUCUGAGCCCUCCGCCUGGACUCAUCCUCACUCCCCUCAGUGGCAAUCACCGGACACUUCGCCUCCCGGCAUGGCGGACAGUCUCCCGACCGAGUUUGACGUCGUCAUCAUCGGGACAGGUUUGCCCGAAUCCAUCCUUGCGGCCGCGUGUUCGAGAAGCGGACAGAGAGUCCUCCAUGUCGACUCGAGGAGCUACUACGGGGGAAACUGGGCUAGCUUCACCUUCUCGGGGCUGCUCUCCUGGCUGAAGGAGCUCGAGCCAGACAGCGAGGCCGGGGACAGGAGCCUGGCCGCCUGGCGAACCCUGAUCCGCGACACAGAGGAAGCCAUCGCUCUGCGCGGCCAGGAUGACACCAUCCAGCACGUGGAGGUGUUCCGUUACGCCAGCGAGGACGGGGGUGACGGUGCGGAGGAGAUGGGUGCUUUGCAGAGAAAUCCUUCCUCCGAAGCAUCGAGCACCCUCGCUCAACCUCUGGAUCCUGCAUGCCCGUCGGAGGAAACACACCCAGACAGCACCAGCCCCGAGACGCCUGCCAGAGACACCCCGCAGCCUGAUGGAGACAUCUCAGCGGAAGUGACCGAUGGAGAGGAGAACCAGGUGACGGGAGAAGAUGGCGGAGGUCAGACCUGUGUCCACCCAGCUUCCGGCGGAGCUGAGGACGAAAAUAAACCUGCGGCGGAAGACGGCCCGGAUCCCCCAAGGAGAACUAGGAUCACUUACUCCCAGAUCGUUAAAGAGGGCAGGCGGUUCAACAUCGAUCUGGUGUCCAAGCUGCUGUACUCUCAGGGCUCGCUGAUCGACCUUCUGAUCAAGUCCAACGUGAGCCGCUACGCCGAGUUCAAAAACGUCACCCGGGUCCUCGCCUUCCGGGAGGGCAGAGUGGAGCAGGUGCCCUGCUCCCGGGCCGAUGUCUUCAACAGCAGAGAGCUCAGCAUGGUGGAGAAGAGGAUGCUGAUGAAGUUCCUGACCUUCUGCUUGGACUACGAGCAGCACCCCGGGGUGCUGGAGGACCGGGACGUCACCCGGCGCCCCUUCUCGGAGUUCUUAAAGACUCAGAAGCUCACCCCCAACCUCCAGCACUUCAUCCUGCACUCGAUCGCCAUGGCGGAGCCAUCCUGCUCCACGGUAGAUGGUCUAAAAGCGACCAAGCACUUCCUGCAGUGCCUGGGACGGUACGGCAACACCCCGUUCCUCUUCCCGCUGUACGGCCAGGGGGAGAUGCCCCAGUGUUUCUGCCGGAUGUGCGCCGUCUUCGGCGGCGUCUACUGCCUCCGCCACCGGGUCCAGUGCCUCGUGGUGGACAAGGAGUCCGGAAGGUGCGAGGCGGUGAUAGACGGCCUCGGUCAGCGGAUAAGCGCCAAGCACUUCGUGGUGGAGGACAGCUACCUCUCCCGGGAGACGUGCGCGGGCGUGCGGUACCCGCACAUCUCCAGGGCCGUGCUCAUCACCGACCGCUCCGUGCUCCAGGCCGAGUCCGACCAGCAGGUCUCCAUCCUGACGGUCCCCCCCUCGGGGCCGGGCGCGCCCGCCGUCCGGGUGGCCGAGCUGUGCUCCUCCACCAUGACCUGCAUGAAGGACACCUACCUGGUGCAUCUGACCUGCCCGUCGGCGCGCACGGCCAGGGAAGACCUGGAGCCGGCGGUGCAGGCACUGUUCACCCCGUCCACGGAGGCAGACACAGACACGGGGGACCUGGGGAAGCCACGGCUCCUGUGGGCCCUCUACUUCAACAUGAGGGACUCCUCGGGGGUCAGCAGGACCUCCUACCGCGGCCUGCCCGCCAACGUGCACGUCUGCUCCGGGCCGGACUGCAGCCUGGGGAACGAGCACGCCGUCAAGCUCGCCGAGGCCCUCUUCCAGCACAUCUGCCCCGGAGAAGAUUUCUGCCCCCCUCCCCCCAACCCGGAAGACAUCAUCUUCGACGGGGAGGACAAGCCCCCGGAGGCUCCCGGGACCAGUGACAUCAUCAUGGCCAAACUGGAAGGCCCCGAGGGAAGCCAGAACCCCGAGAGCCCAGGGCAGCAUCCUCAAAAUUAGGAGAAAAGGAAAGGGAACCGGAAAUGCCACUUGGGGCCUUCAUCCCGGCAUCCGGGUACUCUCAUUUGAAGGACAGCGUCCUGUACGAGUGAUUCGAAGUGGUUUUGUGAUGGGUUAUGCUACUCGUCGCUGGAUGUCUGUCAACCCGUCAGUCACCGAUUGGUUAGUUAUUGGACCGUUUUUGUUUGUUUCAGAAUGGACUCUGUGAUCCAGGAUCUUAAACAGGGGCAGCUUUAUUUUAGUAUUGAUUGUAUAGAGGAGGGUUCCAUGUUAGCAACUGUGCUUAAAGGAAGGUUGCAUUGUACCUGCUAACGAUUUUCAGAUUUUAUUCUUGUCUACAAUGACAGUGUCUAAAGGAUAUUUUUCUUUGCAGCUAAGACAGUUGCUACCACCUCUGAGUAAAAAACACACACACACACAGUAAAUUAUGUGCUUCUUUUGUAUAUAAUAUAAACAUAUUUAUGGUAGCAAUAGCAGCUAAUGCAAGUGCCAAUAUAAAAUACAGUUGUCUCAUUAAAAGACUAGCUUUGCAUGA